AUGGCAAUCUUACCAGAACACCAUCCGUCCCCAGAGUCUGACCCUCUUCUUCAUGAUAAUCGGGACAUCGCAGCACCUGGGUCUACUUGCCAGACAGGUGAAAUUGAACCCAGAGAUGAGGUUUCUAAAGAGCUUGCGAAUCGGCUCUAUCUCUCGCAUUUUCUAUCAACAUGGAACUCUCGAGUCUUCGAGUUCGGAGCAGUUCUGUACUUGGCAACGAUCUACCCCGGCACAUUAUUGCCCAUGUCGGUCUAUGCCCUUUCUCGUGGUUUGGCAGCGAUCAUUUUGGCUUCCGCGGUGGGCCAUUUCAUUGAUGUGACAAAUCGUCUAAAAGUUGUUCGCUUAUCGAUUGUGUUGCAAAGACUUGCCGUGGCCGCGUCUUGUGCUAUCUUCUAUCUUCUGAAAGUCAAUACCCAAAUUCCUCGGGGAUUGAACAUAUCCCUUCUCGUGGCUUUGGCCUGUUUGGCAUGCAUCGAGAAGCUCUGCUCGAUCAUGAACUUGGUUGCAGUGGAAAGAGACUGGGUUGUGGUGGUUGCUGGAAAUAACCAUGAGAGUCUCAAGACUAUGAAUGCCCAGAUGAGGCGAAUUGAUCUCGUUUGCAAACUGGUAGGGCCUCUUUUCAUUGCAUCUAUGGAUGUAAUCUCGACGGACACUGCCAUUUUAGUCAACUUUGGGAUGAAUCUGUGUUCCGUCGUCAUUGAAUACCAUUCAAUCGCAAAGGUCUAUUACAUGGUGCCUGGGUUGAGAGAAUCCAAGCAACCGGUCGAUCCCAACCCUUCCACUUCCAGGGACGAUGUUGAGCCACAUGGCCUCAAAGCACGCAUAUGGAAGCCCUGCCAAGCCAUAACACGCAAGUCUGCUCAAGACCUCGUUUCCUACGUUGGACAUCCCGUGUUCCUUCCAUCAUUCGCCGGCGCUUUGUUAUAUCUCACUGUCUUAUCAUUUUCCGGCCAAAUGGUCACCUGGCUUUUAUCCGCAGGAUAUGAUUCAGCUUUGAUUGCUGCAACUCGAGCAAUUUCUGUUGCCUGCGAAUUCCUAGCUACAUGGAUUGCUCCCUGGCUGAUGGGAAGAAUUGGGACCACACGCGCUGGACUUUGGCUUGCCAGCUGGCAGAUUGCCUGUCUCGUGGCUGGGAUGACCGUCUUCUGGGAAUUCUUUGAUUUCCCGCUGAUUUCGGCGUCCGGGAUUGUGGGGGGGCACGAUUCUAAGCCGAAUCGGCCUGAGGGGAUUUGA